AUGCCGCCAUCAAUUUCCUCCGGGUCGGCAACGGCCCACGACGAGGAAGCGGUCGAGACCACGGCCCUCCUCCCACAACAGCAACGUCCACGCCCCGAGUACGCAGCAUGGGUGCAGGAGAUAUGGUUCCUCACCAGGGCCUGCAUCCCCGUCAUACUGGCCUACAUGCUCCAAAACAGCCUGCAGACCAUCUCUGUCCUCAUCGUCGGCCGCCUGUCGCCCGAGGCCCUUUCCGCCGCCGCCUUCGCCUACAUGUUCGCCAUGGCGACGGCGUGGCUGAUCGCGCUCGGCGGCACCAGCGCCCUCGACACGCUCGCGUCGUCGUCCUUCACCCGCUCCAAAGACAAGACCAGCCUGGGCCUGCUCCUACAGCGCGGGUUCCUGGUCCUGACCGGGUUCUACGCCGUGGUGGUGGUGGUGUGGUGGUUCGCCGAGGACAUAUUCAGGGCGCUGGGCCAGCCUGAAGAGAUUUGCGUCAUGAGCGCCAGGUUCCUGAGGCUCUUGGCUCCCGGCGGCCUCGGCUACGUCUGGUUCGAGUGCAUGAAGAAGUUCCUGCAGGCGCAGGCCAUCUACCGCCCGGGGACCUACGCGUUGAUGCUGACGUCGCCGCUCAACGCCCUGCUCAACUACCUCCUCAUCUACAAGUUCGGCAUGGGACUCGACGGCGCCCCGAUCGCCACCGGCAUCUCCUACUGGCUUUCCUUCUUCUUCCUGGUCGGCUACGCCGCCUUGGUGCAGGGGAAAGACUGCUGGGGAGGCUUCGACCUGCGCCGCGCGGCCACCAACGUCGGCCCGUUUGCCCGCCUGGCCGCGUUGGGUGUCGUGCACGUCGGCACCGAGUGGUGGGCGUUUGAGAUCGUUGCGCUGGCGGCGGGGAGGUUGGGCAAGCUGCCGCUCGCGGCGCAGUCGGUCAUCAUGACGGCGGACCAAAUCAUCAACACGAUCCCGUUCGGUCUCGGGGUGGCCGAGUCGGCGAGGUUGGGGAACCUGUUGGGGGCGGCCGACGUCAGGGGAGCUCGGAGGUCUGCUCACUCGGCCGCUAUUCUGUCAGUCAUCUUUGGAACGACGCUGCUGGUGGUGUUGAUGGCGGCUCGGCAUAGGGUCGGGGCGCUGUUCAACGACGACGAGCAGGUCAUCGCGCUCGUGGCCGAGGUCAUGCCGUACGUGGCGCUGUUCCAGAUCGCCGACGGCCUCAACGGCAGCUGUGGUGGUGCGCUCAGGGGCAUGGGCAGGCAGUGGGUCGGGGCCUUGGUCAACUGCUUGAGCUACUACGGAGGCGCGCUUCCCGGAGGCAUCUACCUCGCCUUCAACGGAUGGGGGCUGGCGGGACUGUGGAUGGGUCAGUGUGUAGCAUUGGCGCUGGUCGGAGUUCUGGAGUGGGUGAUUGUGGGAAUGAGCGACUGGACUGUUGAAGUGCGAAAGGCGAUCGAGAGGUUACGGGACGACGAAGUUGAUUAUAAUAGUGUUGCGGAGGAGGAAGUGGUGGAGUGA